AGGAAGUUGCAGGAAACUGGGCAGAGCUGGUGAUCUGGCUGGGCUGGCCGCUGGGCCACAGACUGGAGCCAAGCUGGGUCUGAGGCCUGUUCGGCUGGAAGGAAUGCUUUUCCCUGGGCUCCCUGUUGUCCCUCAUCUCCAACAUCCCCGUUGGAGAACCUGCAGAUCGAAAGAGAAUUCAAAGACCUCUCAACCAACGCACACGCGCAGAUCCCAUCCGCAUCCUGGUUCAAACUGUUAGAAACCCCAAAUCACUGACAGCAAAACCAGCCAUUUAUCCAGCUUAAUGAGAGGGAUGGAAAGGUGAACAAUCACCAGCUAGAAUGUGAGCUCUGGCCAAGCAGGGGCUGCUUCUGACUUGGGCACUCCUGGGUCGCCAAACCUGGAACUGCCUGGCACAUAGUACUGGCCACGUUCUACAUCCCCAGCACUGUGGGCAACGCCCGUUACAGAGUGAAACCUGGUGGUCCAGACAGGGACACUGAGCAGCUAGUUGCCUGGAGUGUCACAGCUCGGCAGCCAGAUAGGGCUGAGGGGCCUAGCCGAGGCUCUUCUCCCUCUUUCCCUCCUCUGUCCCGGUUAAGGGGUCUCCUGCUGGAGCAGCCUGGGCUAUGACCGUCGCGUUCUUCUGCAGGCUGCUGGAAUGGAGAGCCCCCUGGCAGACUGUGCUCAGGGUGGGCAUUUCCAUGUGGUCACUCCUCUGCUGGAGAGCUGGGCACUAUCCCAGGUGGCAGGCACGACUGUCUUCCUCAAGUGUGAGAACGUGCAGCCGGCCGGCUCCUUCAAGAUCCGGGGCAUUGGGCAUUUCUGCCAGGAGGCGGCCAAGAGGGGAUGCAGACACUUGGUGUGCUCCUCAGGGGGCAACGCAGGCUUUGCUGCUGCUUAUGCCGCUCGGAAGCUGGGCAUCCCUGCCACCAUUGUGCUCCCUGAGGGCACCUCCCCGCACGUGGUGAGGAGGCUGCAGGGGGAGGGGGCUGAAGUCCAGCUGGCUGGAAAGGUCUGGGACGAGGCCAGUCUGAAGGCACAAGAGUUGGCCAAGAGGGAUGGUUGGGUGAACGUCCCUCCGUUUGACCACCCCCUGAUCUGGGAAGGCCAUGCCAGCCUGGUGCGAGAGCUGAAGGCAGCACUGGGGACCCCACCGGGGGCCCUCGUGCUGGCAGUAGGCGGUGGAGGGCUCCUAGCUGGGGUGGCAGCUGGCCUCAUAGAGGUGGGCUGGCAGCAUGUGCCCAUCAUCACAGCAGAGACCCAAGGGGCACACUGUUUCAAUGCAGCCAUCAAGGCAGGCAAGCUAGUCACACUGCCAGACAUCACCAGUGUGGCCAAGAGCCUGGGUGCCAAGACUGUGGCCAGGAGGGCCCUGGAGUGCACGAAGGAGCUGGAGAUCUUCUCUGAGGUGGUGGACGAUGCCCAGGCCGUGAGUGCUGUGCAGAAGUUCCUGGACGACGAGCGCAUGUUGGUGGAGCCUGCCUGCGGGGCAGCUCUGGCUGUCAUCUACUCAGGCCUCCUGGGGAGGCUCCAGGCUGAGGGCCGCCUGAGCCCCUCCCUGGCCUCCGUCGUGGUCAUUGUGUGUGGAGGCAACAACAUCAACAGUCAAGGGCUGCAGGCCCUGAAAGCCCAGCUGGGUCAGAGCUGAGGGCGCCUCCUCCGGACGGACACACCCGCAGGUGGCCGAGGGGCCUCUGGGCUCAUGGAUGGCGCAGCCGCCUCCUACAGGAAGCCCUCCUGCUCCCUGUGGCUCCCCGCAGCCCUGGCCAAUAAACCCUUUCUGAGUUGAAUUUGU